AUAUUCCAAUCUUCAUGGGCCUGAUUUUUUUAUAGACGAAAAUGUAAUAGUAGUAACUGUGUCGUUUAGGUUUUCUAUUUUUGGAUUUCUUAACACAGAAGAUGAUUACGCUGAAGGAAAUAUGGGAGCUAAGGAUAUAUUAAUGGCACUUAAAUGGUUGCGUGAUAACAUAAUUAUUUUUAAUGGUGAUCCAAAUAGAGUUACGAUAAUCGGUUCUGGUUUGGCAUCUACUCCGGUCGCAUCAAUGCUAGUCUCAAAAGCUGCAGAUGGUCUGUUCACGAGAGCUAUAAUUUUAGAUGGCAGUGCACUAUCGCCUGCUGACUAUAGAGGAAAUAAUUUGGAAGUACCACGUAAAUUGUUUCGGAGAUUCACUGGAAGUUUCGAUGGUUUUAGUCUACAGAAACUACAUAAAAUCCUAGAUAAUACAUCUUCAGCGGAACUGCUAGGAGCAAGUAGUGGUCUAUACGAUAGCACAGAGGUAAGAGAUAACCAAAGAUUAAUUCAUUCUUUUGGUUGUUCAAUAGAAAAAUCGUCCAAAAUGCCAUUUAUGAAUCAAUCCCCUCUGAAUGCAUACAGAAGAAAAUAUAUAAAUAAUAACAUUGAUGUAAUAUUUGGAUAUACUACUUUGGCAAAUUUAUAUAAAUUAAAAGGCUUAGCAAAAAAUAGAGAACUUCUGGAAUAUCUUAGUUACAAUUUUCAAUAUUUACUUCCAUUUGAAGGUGAGCGUAACGAAUAUGAUUCAAAAUCAUAUAGAGAAAUAAAGAAAGAAAUAUUAGAUUUUUAUUUUUUGAACGGUACUGUUGGAAAAAGAAGUUUAAAACGAUAUGCAAAGUAUGUUUCUGAUCAACUUUUAUAUCCAUUGCUUCGACAAGCUACAUUGCAUAACCGUGCGUCUCAUAGCAAUGUUUACUUGUAUAGAUUUGCUUUCAAAGGAUCUUUGAAUAUUGGUUGGCGAUCAUCGGUGCCGAAUUUGAAAUGGACGGGAGCAACAUUAGGAGAUGAAACGUGUUAUUUAUUCAGAUGCAAAUCAGAAACAGAUGUCUAUAUAAGCCUUAAAUGCAAUGAAAAGCACUUCAUUAAGAAAAUUAUAAGGCUAUUAGCGAACUUUGUAAAACACGGAAACCCGACUCCAAGCCCGAGUGACAAUAUUUUGAAUACUUUGCAAUGGGUGCCAUUAGAAAGAAAUGAAAAUUUGCAAGCGAUGAAUUUUGGCCGAAAUUUUAAAAUGAUUGACGUGCCUGAGGAGAAGAGGAAAUCUUUUUGGGACAGAUUAAUGAAAGAGUAUUUCCGCGAUUUCUGACGACCGCUGCACAGCAUAUGUGUACACAUUAACAAAAGUCAUUCACAGGAUGCUAGUCACACUGGGCCUUCUUGAGUGCGUCCUUUUUUUUGGCUGGGUUUCAGUACUUGGCUCAACAACUGCAUUUGUUAAGUUACUACCUUAUUGUAAAUGUCUACUCUUACACGUUUAUUCAUAAAUUUUCGGUCGUCCCUUGCUCUUUUUUUAUAGAAUAGGAAGGCGGACGAGUAUAUGGGCCACCUGAUGGUAAGUGGUCACCAACGCCCUUAGACAUUGGCAUUGUAAGAAAUGUCAACCAUCGCUUACAUAGCCAAUGCGCCACCAACCUUGGAAACUAAAAUCUUAUGUUCCUUGUGCCUGUAAUUACACUGGCUCACUCACCCUUCAAACCGGAACACAACAAUAUCAAGUACUGCUGUUUUGCGGUAGAAUAUCUGAUGAGUGGGUGGUAGCUACCCAGACGAGCUUGCACAAAGCCCUACCACCACUAUCAGGCUCUAUUGUCUUAUAGUCUUAAAUAAUAUUUCUAUAUUUAUUCUGAUACGAAAUUAGCAAUUACUUUUAAUGAUAAACUGUUAUUUAUGUUCUAUUUAGUAAUACCAUUUCCAUUACAUUACAAAGCAACGCUGAAAGAUUGAGGAUUGAUUAAAUUAGUUCAUCAUUGAGCACUUCGACUCCUCACAUGGUAACAUGUUACUUAAAAGCGGGUAACGUGGGUUAAGCCUGUGUUUUCCGUUCGAUUUUACAUUAACCAGGGUUCAGCCAGACUAAUUCAAUUGUCUUUACCGCGGCAUCGUUAAUAUCCGAACGUCAUAUGAAACCGUUUUAGUAACGUCGACAUUUAUGAGUAUUAGCGACGGGAUUAUGUAUGGAAAUUUAAAUUUGACAAAAGAAUGGCUAUUCUCUUUCAAUAUUGUAUGUAUAUACUCUUUUUGUAUUGUAUAUGCUUUUAUAAGUCGGUAUUUCACUAGAUACCGUGUUUUUGUUUAUUCUGAAAUAGGUUGUGAUUUAAUGUAUUAAGGUAAGUUUUGGGUCGCUUAUAAACGUUGGAUAAUUAAUAACGCUAAUAAAUAAUUGAGAUUACCUUACUACAGCUAUAUUACACUUUAUGAGUAUUACAAAAAGGAUAAUAAUAUUAUCUGUUAAAAGGCAUCUUCAUUGAAAAAAAAAAUCAUAUACAUUAUUUGAUUCGUAAAUAUUAAGUAUGAGAGCAGUGAACGGAUUUAUUAAUAUUUGUCAAGUCACACGUGGAUUUUGACACGUAACCACAUUGAGAUGCGGAACCGCAAACUGCCAACAAAUAGGUAUUUGUGGCGCUGCAAAUGAUUGCAUCCGUUUGUCAUGGUGUCAUCGAGAAACGGAUAACAGAUAACAAUGCUAUAAAUAUGAAAAUCGGUGUUUCUAAUUAUAAAUAAAAGUCAAUUGUGUCAGGCAUUUUGGACAAUUCAUCCUCAAGUUUAAGUCUUUUUAGUAUUUAUUUAUUUACGCAUUCAAGGUGACCGCAGUUACCGAAAUAUAAAAGAGUGGACAUAACAGAUAUUUUUAAA